AGAGAACCGAUGGGUCCAAAAAAGUUUCCCCCUUGUACUGGAGGUCUUCAUCCCGUCACGUUCUGAAAAUUCAAAUCAUUUCUAACUGCUAUAUUGAACAUUUGAGAGGCCACAGUUGUUAAAAACAUUGUUGGACAACCCAGGGUAUUAGGAGGGAGAAAGGAAUCACAUCCAGCAGGUGACCAGAGGACCAUCAACCAUCUGACCUCUCCUGACCUCUCCUGACCUCUCCUGUCGUGCCAUGUCGGUGCUGGUGCUGCAGGUGCUGGGGCUGUGCCUGGGCGUGGUGGGCUGGUGCAUGGAGUCCAGCUGCACCAGCUCCCACUCCUGGCGCGUGGGCAGCCACAUGGAGGCCCUGAUGACCAGCAGCUGGAUGUUCGAGGGCCUGUGGAUGUCCUGCACCUCCAACGCCAUGGGCGCCGUGUCGUGCAGCCGCUUCAAGACCGUGCUCGGCCUGCCAGGCUAUGUGCAGGCAUGUCGCGCCUUAAUGAUUAUCGCCCUGCUGCUGGGCCUGGCAUCCAUCAUUGUGUCGGUGCUGGGACUGAAGUGCACUAAAUUAGGAAGCACGUCUCCAGAGGCCAAGGGCAAGAUCGCCUUAACGGGAGGCACUUUAUUUAUUCUGUCGGGCGUGUGCACAUUAACGGCUGUAUCGUGGUACGCCGCACGCAUUGUGGAAGAAUUUUAUGACCCCUUCUACGGAGGCACAAAGUUCGAGAUGGGCUCUGGUCUCUACAUGGGCUGGGGGGCGGCCGUGCUGGCCAUCCUGGGGGGCGGCAUGCUGUGCUGCUCAUGCAAGACAGGAGGAGCAUCUGGGAUGCCAGCCGCACCGGCUUACAGCUACAACUACUCGGCACAAACACAAGGAACCAAACCAAUCUACCACAAGGCCCCACCAUCUGAAGUCGGAAGCAUGAAGGCUUAUGUCUAACUUGAACAACCCCUGCUACUGUAUUUUACGAUUCCUUCCAAGACCUUGUCCGAGAGACCUUGUCUGCCUUUUCAUUGUUACCAUGACCAUGAGUUUGUCUGUCACUGACUUUGGCUAUACGUGUACAUGUGUGUGCGUUUCAGUAUAAAACAGUAAUUUGGUCGAAUAUGUGAUUGUGUAGAUAUUGAAUUUGUUUUUUUUUCAAUUACCUUUGUAUGUCUGUCUUUGUAUGUCUUUGUAUGUCUUACUGAAUAAAUAAAUUGUUUUUUAUUCAAACACA